UCACGUGACUACCGCGGAAGUCAACAAACUAGGCAGCGAAAAGUAAAAACAACUAAUGUUAAAAGCACUUUACUUUACUUCCCUGUUUUUUGGCUGUCGUUUAACGUCAGCUUCAUGCGUUUUAAAAACGAGCACUUAAAUGAACCUGUAACGUUAUGCCUCUCAAAGGUCAGCUGUUGGACGUACUUUGAGCCGACGUUUAGCUAGCUUUAACAUUAGUUAGGUUAGUAAAAACGCACAUUCUCAAAAUGUGGAAUCUCUCAAGCGUUAACGUGAUGCUUGUUAUGGCCUAUGGAAGUCUGGUGUUUGUUUUGCUGUUCAUCUUUGUCAAAAGACAAAUUAUGCGAUUUGCUGUGAAGUCUCGUAGAGGACCACAUGUUCCCCUUGGUCACAAUGCUCCUAAGGAUCUGAGGCAAGAAAUUGAAGCCAAACUGUGCCUGGUCCAGAAAAUCCACUUUGAGCCUCGUCUGCUGUCCCCAGAUGAUGACCGGCUGCAACCCAGAGAACAGAGUGGUUCCCAUGACUACCUGUACAGGAUGAGAGCACUGGAUGCCAUCAAAGACACUGAUCUCCCUUUCCGUGAGCUGGGUGGUUCAUCCACUGCUGUGACGGGUAAAAGACUUCGGACCUGGCUUCUGCAGCUACGAAAUUCCACCUGCAUGUUCCAAGAUAGCUUAAGCUCCCUCAUCGACACGGUGCUGGAUGGGUACAGUAAAGCCCGGCAUGGGGCCGAGGCUUUUGGUGAAGCAGAAUUUUUGAAAUACCAGGAAGCUUUAACUGAACUGGCCUCUGUGGUCAAGUCUCACAGCAGCAGCGGCAGCACUCCGAGCCAGUACCACCAGUCUGCGGCCAAAGACCUGACCAGCACUACGGAGCCUGCAAGCUCCUCCUCCUCCCCCACCCAAACCACCUACCUCACAUCUACAAUGCAGCAGCGCAGCAAGCGGCCCAGACACUUCCUGGAGCUGAAGAACUUCAAAGACAACUACAACACUCUGGACAGUUCUUUCUGAAAAUAUGUAACACUAGUCCAAAAAAGAAAAGGUCAAGGACAAGGUAGUGCUGCCUGUGAUUAAAGUGCCUUCAGAAUGGCAUGUUGCCAGAUAGUUUAGAGUGAAGUGUUAUAAGCACUGCCUUCAUAUACUAAUACAUAUUGCCUUGUUUACAGUAAAGUGCAUAUCAGACUGCUGGCUUAUGCGUAUAUCCAGUAUUAAUGCAUGUAUGAGUGCUAUAAUUGGGUAGAAAAAUGACUAUAGUAAGUAGGGUUGAUUUGACCAAAACAAAACCAGAGCUAUGGAGCUAUGCAAUGGCUAAAGACAAUCAGUAUUUAUUGCACAAUGUAAAGGCCUAUGCCACCUUGUUCAACUUAACCAACUAUAUUUAAACAUGCCAAUAGUCAACACUGUUUGAAGAGAAAAUCAGUGUUAACGAUGCCUCACUGAGAGAACAAAAGACAUUGUUUAUGUCACUUAUGUUUACGUCUGUGUAUAUCUCUGCUGUUCAUUUGCUGCAGUGAAUUUGACAGCCUAUUUUGUUUAACAUUAAUUGUUUGUUUUCACAGAAGCCAUACUUAAUGAUUUAAUGUUUUGAUGAUUAAGUGCUCUUUUUGUUUAAUCACUUCUUUCAGUGCAAUGUCAUUUAACAGUAUUACAGUGCAUUCAUUUAUGUGAGGUUUUGGAUCGGGGGAAGUCUCUUUCUUGACUUUUGUAGACUGGCCCCCAGAUGUCUUAACUGUGUGUUUUAUUUGGUGUUCAGGGUUUCCAGGGAGGCAUUGUCAUGCCUGAAUAAUUUUAUUUUCUGUGGUGUUUGUUGUACAAGUUGCCAUCCAAAUAAAACAGUAACAGUCAAACUA